GAGUAUGAAACUCAGUUACAUCAAGGUACUCUUACUGUUACACAGAUAGAUGGUGAUGAAAUGAUAUCAAAUAUAGCAAAAAAUGUUGAUGAUAUGUUACGUCAUAAAGUUGAGGCAGUUGAGAAUUUAGUAAGAGCAGCAGAGAGAGCCAAUGUAGAGACACCUGAUGUUGAUGAACUGCUGUAUUCUCCUACUAGUCCUACCACUGUCACCUACUAUAAUGCUAUGUUGAUUAAUCAAAACUAUGACAAUAAGACUCAACAAUAUGAAUCAUUUGAUGGGUUAGGUGGUAGAUUUGAUUUGACCCCAGAUGAACAUUUCAACAAUAUUGAGGUUAAUAUCACAGAAAGUACAGUGCAGGUGCCAACAAAUGUCUUCAAUAAGGGUGAGUAA